UGGGGUUCAGCGCCGCCUCAAUCGACCCCCGGGGCGGCCCUGGAUGGCUGAGCUGCCCCCUCGCCGGCCGCCCGGGCGCCGCAGCGGCUGAGCUCGCUAGGAUCGCCGGGCCGCCGCCGCCCUCGCCACCCGCUGCAUGCCCGGCGCCCGGGUCGCGGCCCACCUGGACGCUCUGGGCCCCCUGGCCCCCUACGUGCCGCCGCUGCUGCUGCCCUCUAUGUUCUACGUGGGGCUGUUCUUCGUCAAUGUGCUGAUCUUAUACUACGCCUUCCUCAUGGAGUACAUCGUCCUCAACGUGGGCCUGGUCUUCCUGCCCGAGGACAUGGACCAGGCGCUGGUGGACCUCGGCGUGCUCUCCGACCCAGGCUCGGGCCUCUACGAAGCCGACUCAGAGCUUGACGUUUUCGAUGGUUACUUGGACUAGCCUUGGCUUCUGGCCCCUUUCCCCCUCUCCUCCCUUCCCGCAACCCCCAGCCUGGACAAGCCACCCAAAUCAUGCCGCCGCUGCUGUUGGGGAACGCCGUCUGACCAGAGAUGGGAUCCCCAGGACGAGGCCCUCUCUGGCCUCGCGGCCUGUAAGUGCCCUCUUUCCCUGGGAUGAGGGCGGGCUGGGCCCUGGCUGAGAAGGGGGAAGCUGUCCCAGGCUUCCAUCCACUUCCAAUGCUGUGAGGAUGCCAGAUAGGCCUAAGCCCCUCUUGGGCACUUUUACGGUCCAUACCUAUUGCCACAACUUAAUGGGAAAAACCUCCCACCCAAAUCCUUUUGCUGCAAAGCUGUCAGCUCCUCCCCCGCUUUCAAUCUGGCUUGAUGGUGACCUUGGCUUUGGGGGGAUUCUCCGUAGUCCUAAAAGGAUAAAGACUUGGAAUGGUAGAAGAAACAAGGAAGCAGGCCAGUGCUCCUCAAAAGCUUCGUGCCAACAGAAAAGUUUCUGUCCGGACCUGAGUGCCGAGGCCGGACAGGCUUCUGCCCCUGCCAGGGAGUCUGAAGACUUGACCUGCCUGCAGCGUUGCCCAAAUGGCCUGGCCUUUGCUCAUGACCUUGGCAGUGGCAAUGGAUGUUUACAGGAACCCAGCCAGAGUUUGCCUCCCCGCUCAGCACCCCCGACUGCCUGCUUCCCCCAUUUCACCUAUGGAGAGGACACUGCAAGCCGAGGACACACACAGAAGUCACCCCCAGCUCUGUCUGCUGCCCGGGGAGCCUGGGCCCGGUGGGGCUUGGCCCAAGGCGGCUCUCAGAUGCCACCGCUGUGUCAGGGAGUGACUCCGGAGGAAAAGCCGCGGAGGAACGUGCCGGGGCGAGGGAGGGUGUUGACGUCUACAUUUCAGGCUGCUGCUCUUCAUCAAGUUGCCAGAAUUGAUCCUUCAGUCCAGGGAGCACCCAAGGGCGCCCCUGCCAGAAGUACUUUUUGAAAAGUGUGAGUGGUGUGAAUACUUGAUUUCAACAAACCGAUAAAAGCAAUACUUGGGAGGCUGACUUCUUUCAAUUAAAGCAUAUGCAAC